AUGCAACAAAAAGCAAGAAACUACGAAUGGAUGUUAAAGAUUCCAGAAUUAUCAGAUGAAAGCAAUAAAUUCAUAAGUAAAGUUGAAGAGAUGAUAAAAGCUGGCAAUGAAACUCAAGCAUAUAAAUAUUGCUUAAAAGAACAUAUGGAUUCACAAUCAUAUAGCUGUUUAUAUAAAAUCACUAAGAUAUAUUCUGACUUUUUAUAUGAGACAUUGGAUGGUAAUGAUAUGCUAGGUAAAGAUUAUACAGAAUGUGACAUUAUUAUCAAAACUUUUUCUUAUGUGAUAAAGGCACUAGAAAAGAAGCAACCAAUUAAUCAGAAAUGGGGUGAAUCUUUCUGCCCUACAAGUAUAUCAUCCAAACAUAUUAAGGGUCGUAGAUGUGAUGUUAGGUUUAUAUCUCCUUCAGGUACAGAUCUUGGUGAGUGGGAAUUUGCAGUAUAUUCUUUUCCAACAAAAGUUAUUUCAGAUCGUUGCAAAUCAGCAAGAAUAAACCAGACAAUACUUAAUGGAUUACUUAAUUUUGCAAGAGCAACUAAACAUAUAGGUGUUAAUAGCAUUUUCUGUACUUAUUAUAGUUGGUUAGUAGAGAAGUGUGAAUUAGAAUAUCCACCAAUGUAG